GGACAUGCUGUGUCUUUUUCUGUUCAGUCUCUUCGGAGUUGUUAUCUCCAGUCAUGAAUGGAUCUCUGGAUCAGCAUCUGUGGUGACAGUCACACCAGGAGACAACAUCACGCUUUACUGUGACUGGAAACUAUCGAGUGGAGUAUACAAAAUAGCAUGGUUCAGGAACUGUUCUCAUGAGAACCAGCCAUCUCUUGUUCUAAAGCUGGAACGCAAUUCGAUGAUUGAUUCCAAUGUUAAGAAUCAUGGCCCUCAUUUUCAUUUGGCGAAAAACCAGUCGUCGGAUUCCUAUGACCUCCUGAUCAUGAACAUCACCGAUUCUGAUGAGGGCCUCUACUACUGUGGAGCUGAACAGACCAAGGUGGAUGACAAAGUUUCAACUAGAAGUAUUUACAGAUAUGGUAAUGUCACAAGGAUCCUGCUUAACACCAGUCAACCUCAUCACUGUGAGACUCCACAAGACUGUGGUGUGUGCUGGACACUGCUGUUCUCUCUGUGUCCAGCUGUUGCUGUUGUCUCGUCUCUCUUCUCCUUACUCUUACUUUAUCACCUCAGUCUGAGAAAAGCUAAAGAACCUCAAGCUGACAAGAAAAGAUCUGACACCAGGAGGUCUAUACCUAGAGACAACCAGGAUGAAAACUUGUGUUAUGCUGCCCUUGAAAUCCGUCAGACAUCAGAGAGACCAAAGAAGAAGAAAACCCAGACUUCAGACUUCAGCACCUAUUCUGCCAUCAGAACCAGGACCUAACAAUUUUAUAUUAGAAAAUGGUAUAAUGAAUUAAUCACUAGUGGUAUUCAUAAACCAUUGUAUUAUUCAAAUCCUUCUGUACAUUUGAGCAACAAUAUAAAGCCAACUACAAACACAGUCUGUUUUUCUCCCAUUAGUGUCACAGGAAUGAGUCUGAAAAUUAGUUUGCAUUUUAGCACCUCAGGUACCCCCGUCCCGAAGUCAAUAUGUUUUUUUAAUGGGUUUUUGGUUAGAUGACUGAAAUAAGUUCUGUGGUUAACACAAGCUCAAGACAUGUUCAAAAAUAUGUCACUCUCUUCUGAUGGGUAUUGAAUACAAUCAGAUGUUUAAACAAAAAUUUCACAAUAAGAUACUACACAAAUGUGAAAUCAUUGUGAAACAUUCAAAAUGUUUAUCUCCCUGCAUGUAUUCGGUUGUUAUUAUUCUAAAGUGGGACAAUGCUUGAAAAACCUGCACCUCACAAUUUAAAAACUGUUACCAUAACAUGAGUCCCCCAUUCCCGAUACUUGCUUAUUUCUCCUCAAGAUCAUUGACACAGUUGAUGCAAAUUUAAAAGAAAUAACUGAGGAAAAUAUGCACCAAACUAUUGUUGAAGAGAUAUUUCUUGUAGAAGACCUGCUCCAGCGUACACUUGGGCUCAAACUGAGGUAAAGAUUGAAGUGUGGUAAUAACUCAAAGAAGCACACAGCAAGGACAACAGUGACAGAAUUCUGACUACUUUUAAAAAAGUAUCCUGUUUUGUAUUCAUUUUGA